GCAGUGGAGCAUCCAAGUGUCCCCGAAGACCCUGAGUACGUUCGGGUCAGAACCUAUGAAUCCCAAAUGGUCAUCCGUCCCCACAAAACCUUUGAUGAGAACGGUUUCGACUACUUGCUGACCUACAGCGACAACCCGCAGACUGUGUUUCACCGUUACUGUGUCAGCUGGAUGGUCUCGAGCGGUAUGCCAGAUUUCCUGGAGAAGCUGCACACGGCAGCUCUGAAAGCCAAAAAGAUGGAGAUUGAAGUGCGGGACUAUAUGUCUGCCAAGCCCAUCGAGAGCGGUGGCAGCGAGGGGAAGGCGAGUAUGGCAGCAGCGGAGCACAAGAGCGAUGGCACCUGCAGCCCUGCCCAGCUGGAAUACGCCUGA